AUGACAUCUGCACUCAACUCGUUCUUCUCGGAGCUUAUGAUCAACCAUCAAGUCGAUGCCUUCGUUUCUGUUGAGACCGAUAACGCCGCUGGCCUCGUUGUUCCGCCUUCCAAGGCCUUGAAAAAGAGGAAUGCCAAGAGGUGCCGGUGGGAGAGUUGUCCACAUUCAAACGGAAAACCACGAAACACUCGUCGGGGAAAAGAUUCCUCUCCAACUCCACCCCCACGAAGAAGGUCCUCAUUGAGCAAUCAAAGCCUGGACGAAUGUUGCCAUCUCGAAGGAGGGAUCAUGAGACACGUUUUGAACAGUGGGGAGAGAUGCCAACCCAUCAUUAGGACAAACAGUCGCAAGAACCAAUGA